GGUGCUUCUCAGAAUACUGUAGAAGAAAAACUACUGGCGUUUUUGUCUAGCACUCCAGUGACAGUCUUUCAAGCUUCAGUUGGAUAUAUAAUAUCUGCUCUUGUGAAUAGAUGUAAAGCAGAAUCUUCAUUCUUUCCUCGCAGUUGCUUGGUACAACUAAUUCAAACACAAGGCCUCUCUUAUAGCAUGUGUCCAGAACUGAUGGCAAUUGCAGUGGAGAAAACAGAUAUACAUCUCUUGCAACUCUGUCUGCAGCAAUUUCCUGAUAUCCCUGAAGCAGUUAUUUGUACUUGCCUGAAGAUUUUUCUGAGAAAUACAAUUAUUUGUUCAGCUUACAGUGAAACAUUUAUUUUACCUCAUUUGAAAGACCUCUCGGCAAAGGAAGUCAUAUUAUUCCUCCAGUAUCUUCAGUACGUAUAUGUGCAAUGUAGUAAAGAGUCUUCCACACACUUCCCUGGAAUACUUCAUCUGACUAUACAACAGAUUAUGGACUGGUUGUGCCUCCUACUAGAUGCUCACUUCACCGUUGUUGUUAUGCUGCCAGAAGCAAGAGGGUUGCUUUCAAAGCUACACAAGUUUGUUAGAGCCCAAGUACAUUUUUACUCAGAACUGAACAAGAUUGAAGGAAGUCUGAAACAUUUACAGAGAAUAAACCACCCAGAAGACAAGGGUUUAUAUUCCAUAGAAGUUAUAAAGCUUACUUGAAAUUCGCACAACUUCAUUAAAUUAUUAUUAUGAA